AUGUUGUGCCUGGCUGACUUCGGGUCUCCUUCUCUCCCCUCUUACAGGGUCUCCUCCAACAAGGAACUGUCGGAGCUCAUCGACCGACUGCAGAAAAAUGCCGACCAAGUGGAGCGAUAUAUCGUGGACACCGACACCAAGCUUCAAAAGGAUGUGGACAAGAUUGUCUCUUCCCAGCCUGUGAUGCACAAGGACAACACCUACCAGAACAUCUUGGAGUCGGAGAAGCUGAUUGUGGUGCUGGAAACGGAUGCCCUGCUGGCUCGUCAUCUCAAUCAUCCGCAGGCAGACAUGAUCCAGGAGGACAUCCGGCAGCUGAAAGAACGUCUUAGCAGCCAGAGACAGAAACACGAUCAGAUCUACAACCAGAAGGUUGCCACCCUAGAAGCCCCAAAAGUCAACUGGAGCAAAGUCAUAGAUGACAAGAUGGAACAGCUCAAUGGUGCUGGCUUUGCCACAGACUUACCCAACCUGGAAAACCAGAUUAUGGAGCACAACAUGUUUCACAAUGAGAUCAAAGCCCUGGGAGACCACAUUAACAAAGACGGCGACAAGGACUACAUCAGCGGACUGCAAGUCAAAUAUCAGAAACUCUUGAGUGCAUCCCAGAAGCGCCAACGAGAUUUAAACACCCUGCAGGAUUACAUGCAGCGCUGCACCAAUGAGCUUUACUGGCUGGACCAACAGGAGAAGGAACGCAUGGAGUAUGACUGGAGCGACCGCAACACUGAUUACAUCAGCCGUAGGAGGCAAUACGAGAACUUUAUCCAGAGGAGCCUAGAAGCCAAAGAACAUGAAAUCAACAAGCUGCAGGAGGAGGGUGAAAAGUUGUUGACAGAUGGGCACCCAGCAAAGAUCCCAAUAGAGGCUCACAUGGAUGCCGUACAUGCAGAUUGGAAAGAGUACCUGAACCUUCUGAUAUGUGAGGAGAGCCAUCUGAAGUACAUGGAGGAUUUCCACCAGUUCAACAGAGAUGCAAAGGAUACCCAAGACCUGCUGAAGAAAGUGAACACUGACCUGGACCUCAAGUAUAACCCGGACUUCAAAGACAAAUACCAGGUUGAGGCACAGAUGAGAGAGCUAGAGGACCAGGACAAGGCUCUGGAUAAGUAUGAGGAAGUUGUGCGUUCUCUUCAGAAUCGCAGUCACCAGGUCAUGCCCUUGAAGUUCCGCAGGGAGACCCCACUUAAGCCCGUCCCAGUGGAGGCCCUGUGCGACUUUUACGCAGAAGAGGGGGACAUUAGCCGAGGAGGGCAGUACACUCUGAAGGCCAACAAGGGAGAGAAGUGGGAGGUCACGGACAGCAAUGGGAAGAAGCUGGUUGCUCCAGGGGUAUGCUUCAACAUUCCCCCAACUGACCCUGAAGCUCUAGCGCUUGGAGAGAGCAUCUUCAACCAGUACCGAACCACAAAGCAGAAAGCAUCUAGCAGCAAGAAUGCUCUUCUUCAGCGCCUUGAAGACGUGAAGCGAGAAUCAUCAGCUUCCACCAAUGCCCAGGAGACACAGGGGCGACAGCUGCUAGCCGGACUGGACAAAGUCUUCUCUGAUUUGGACAGACAGGAGAAAGCCAUCAGUUCCCACCUCCGGCCACCACUGGAUCAGAAUCGUGCUGUACAGGACAGCUCGGAGAGGAUAAAGGAACUUAAGAAUAUCGCCAAUAAUGUACGUCGAAUAGAGCCAGAGAAAACUAAUAAGGUGCAGGAGUGUGAGGUUUAUCUGUCCAAAUCUCCAGAGGUUUCCAGCACACCCGUCCUGCGCAGCAAAAUCAAUGAAACCAACAAAAAAUAUGACAAGGUCAACGAGCUUCUGAACUGCUCCCAAGAAAAGAUUGAGGCAGCCAAUCGUUUAGAAGGCAGCUUGCAGAAAAGCAGAGACCUCCUGUCCACCUACGAGAACAAGCUGUGCCUGGAUGACACUGUACCCGAGGAUCCACGUGCUGUGGACAAUAAGCUGACGGAAUUGUCGGCGAUGAGCUCUGAACUGCAGAAAGGAAGAGGUGUCCUUGCAGAAGCUGAGCAGAAUCUGCACAACAGUAAAUUAUUCUGCCACAAUAUGGCCAAUCGUUUCCAGGAGCAUUGUCCCGAUGUAGAGCGCCAGGAGGCUGAAGUGUCUAAACUCAACCAACGCUAUACACAGCUGGACCAGCAAAUUCAGAGCAGGUCUCAGGGCUUGCAGAAAGCCAGGACUACCUAUCUGAACUACCGCAAUGGCUACGACCAAGUUGACGGGUGGAUGCGUAAUAUUCCCAACUACGAGCCCAAAGACACAGACAGCGUCAAACAAGUGGAAACCAAACUGAAGAACCAACGGCUUCUACUGAGUGAGAUAACUGACCGAGAGCAAGAUCUGGAUCAUGUGACCAGCAACGCACAGCAAUAUCAGCAAGCAGUCAAGGAUUAUGAACUGGAUGCUGAGAAACUGCGCUCAGUCAUGGAUAUGGAGAACAGGAGAAGUUCCUAUCCUAAACGCUCCAGAAUCUUGUCACCUGCAAACAAAGUGAAAGAGGAGGAGACCGAUUUAUCUGCAAGGUUUACAGAGGCCAGUGCGGUCAACAAGCAGAGGCUGCAGACCCUGGAGUUUGCUCAGAACCUACUGCGUCAGCAGCCAGAUGAGGACAUAAGACAAGACUCAGUCCAGAUGGUUCGUUCUGAGAAACCCCCUGAGGAGACUUGGAAGAUUAAGAAGAUGUUGGAUGAUGAGGUACAAAGAAGGCAGCAACUGGAAUCUGAGAUAAGGAGCACUCAAGAGGAGAUCAUAUAUCUCCAGAAUCAGAAACCUCAAGAAACUAUAGUAAAGAAGGAAGUUCUGAAGAAAGUUCCAGAUCCUCAACUGGAAGAGGACUACCAUAAGGUCCUUGAAAGAGUUUCAGAAGAGCAGCGUAAGAAUAAAUCUUUGCAGGAUGAAUUGGAAACCCUGAGAAUAAAGGUUCGGACCUUAGAGUAUGAGCAAAAGGAAGGGGGGCAGCAGUAUGUUGUUAAAGAAGUACUAAGGAUUGAGAAGGACAAAGAUCAGCAGCAGGAGUUUCAAAGGCUCAAAGAAGAGUUGGAGGAACUGAAUCGUCAAAAGAGCACAAAGCAGAAUGAGAUUACCAACUUGAAGGAACGCAUCUUUAUAUUGACAGAAGAGAAGAACAAACCCCAAGAAAAGGUCACAGAAAAGGAAGUUGUUAAACUUCAAAAUGAUCCUCAUUUGGCUUCAGAAUAUAGAAUACUUCAGGAGAACAUGCAGAGAGAGAAUGCCCAGCGGCAAAAGGAGGAGGAAGAAUUGCAGCUUCUACAAGAGAAACUGAAACGUCUGGAAAAGGAGAGAGCUAUGGCUGAAGGCAAGAUCACAGUAAAGGAAGUGUUGAAAGUAGAGAAAGACCUUGCCUCUGAGAGGGAGGUAUCUGACCUUCGUAGGCAAUAUGAGGAAGAGUCUUCAAAGAUACGCAUCACUCAACGAGAAAAAAAUGAGCUGAUACGGAAGAUAGGUCUAAUGGAGCAGGAAAAUGCCAAAGUUGUAGUACAAGAGAAAGUACGUGAGAUUGUUCGACCAGAUCCUAAAGCUGAAAGUGAACUUGCCAACUUACGAGUUGAGCUGAUUGAGCAAGAAAGGAAAUAUCGUGCUGCAGAGGAGCAACUGAAAAUCUUCCAGAGUGAACUAUCAGUCCUCAAAUCACGUGGUCCACAGGUGGAAGUGAAGGAGAUAACCAAAGAAGUCAUUAAGCACAAGACAGAUCCAGAGAUCUUGGCUGAACUGGAGAGGCUCCGUGGGGAGGUUCUAGAGAAGACUAGAGUGGUGGAACGUUCUGAACUAGAGAUCAAUCAGCUUAAGCAGGAGAUAAAAAGCUGGAUUGAUACGAAACCUCAAGUACAAGUUAAGGAAGUGGUUCAAGAGGUUCUACAAUAUCGUGAAGACCCUGACACCAAGAAGGAGGUUGAAACCUUACGAGCCAAGUUGGCUGAAGAGCAGAAGAAGCGCAUUGACUUAGAAAGUGAAAGAAUGACCCAAGAAGAAAAGAUCAGGCAGAAAGAGCUAGAGCUGUUACAGGUGAGAGAGAAAGUAGUGCAGCAGGAGGUGGUCAAAUAUGAAGAGGAUCCUUUGUUGAAAUCUGAAGUCAACAGUUUUUCGAAGAGCAUUCAAACUGAGCUUAAACAAAAGGAUUCCCUGCAAGAGGAGUUGCGCAAGUUGCAAUGGAGGAAAUCAGAGCUUGAACGCCAGCUUGAAGAGCUUGAAAGGGAACGACAGUCCCGGCGCGAAGCAGAACUGGAAAUUCAGAGGCUUAAAAUCAGGUUGAAUGAGCUGGAGCAAAGAGAGAUUGAGACAAAAGAAAAAGUAACACUGAAGCAGAAGGUUGUGCUACAACAAGAUCCUCAGCAAGAGAAAGAGCACAACAUGCUAAAACUUCAAGUAGAAGAGGAGAGGCACAGAAGGCAGAUUCUAGAGACUGAACUGGACGCACUAAGGAAAAAGCUCAUUACAUUGGAGAAGAUGGAGGUGAAGGAAAAGGUUGUUUUCACAGAGAAAAUAGAAGUUGAGAAAGAUGCUGAGACUGAGCAAGAAAUACAGAGGCUGAAGUCCAUGAUGGAGGAAGAGAGCAAGCGUAAGCGAGAUUUAGAAGCAGAUGUUGAUCGCCUCCAAGCACAGCUUUCAGAAUUAGAGUUCAGCAAUUCCAAAUCCAACAAGGAACUGGAAUACUUAAGAGAGGAAGUCCACAAACUUCAGAUGGACAAACAAAGUCUACAGCUAGAGACCCGUCACCUGCAGUCAGAGAUUGAAAUUACCAUAAAGGAAGCCCAGGGCUUGAGAAGCUUGACUCAAGUUGACAGUGGCGUUAACCUAGAUUCUCGCUUAGCUUCUUUGGAACAAGAAUUGAGGGACCUACAGAAAAUCUCCCGAGACAAAGAUGCAGAAAUUGAAGAGCUUCACAAACGCUUGGAUACUAUGCAGAUCAAGAGGGAACAGAGGGAGAACCAUCUCCGCCGCUCUAUCGUUGUCAUCGAUCCUGACACUGGCCGAGAAAUGUCACCAGAAGAAGCUCGAAACUUGGGCUUGAUCGACUGGAAAAUGUUUGUCAACUUACAAAGCCAGGAAUGCGACUGGGAGGAGACCACAAUUAAGGGGCCAAAUGGUGACUCAUCCGUUAUCCAUGAUAGGAAGUCAGGCAAAAAAUUCGACAUAGAAGAUGCCCUAAAGAACGGGCGCAUUACAAAACGUCAAUAUGAGAAUUACCUCAACAAAGAGAUGUCCAUCCAAGAAUUUGCAGCCUUAGUUUCUGGGAAGAAGUAA